GCCACCUGUCAGUGUCCAUCAGUGCCAGCAUCAGUGCCACCUUUCAGUGCCGCCUAUCAGUGCCAGUCAGUGUCGCCUAUCAGUGCCAGUCAGUGCUGCCUAACAGUGCCAGUGCCACCUAUCAGUGUCAGUCAGUGCCGCAUAUCAGUGCCAUAUAUCAGUUUCAUGUAUCAGUGCUGCCUUUCAGUGCCCAUCAGUGAUGCCUGUCAAUGCCCAUCAGUGCAACCUACCAGUGCCUCCUCAUCAGUGCCCAUCAGUGCAGCCUAUCAGUGCCCAUCACUGCAGCCUCAUUAG